UACAAAUGGCUUGUACUUGAUAUUUUUUAUUAUAAUUAUACAUAUUUACGAUGAUAUUUAUCUAUUAUUUUUAUAUACUAUUGAUAUAUUUAUGUGAGCGAGCAUGGAGAAUUGAAGGUUCGACAGAUUUGAGUAUCGCUGAGCUGAGACACUUGUCCUCAAAAUUACAUCCAGAGCAAUGUAUUAAAUUAAUCGAGUCAUUGUACUUAAGAACACCUGGUUAUAUGUUGAAAGAUGAAAAAAAAGAACCGCAAUCACCUUCUUCAGAAGACUGUCAACUAAAAUUAGAGCAAUGGAAUCACACAUUUCCAGGAAAGAAGAAUAAACGAGCGCGUGUUCACAUUAUUAAAAUUUUACAAACGAUUGGCCGUGUUGAUUUAGCCAAUUAUAUGAAACGUAGCAAAAGAAUUGCUGAGUUAUUGCAUAAUAUUAAAUAUUUACCGCGGAGAUAUAGAAAACAUUUGGAGGAAUUGAAGAAGAAGCGAAAAAAAAAUAAAGAUAUUAAAAUAAAUAAAAAAAAAUCCGACAAAAUAUUAAAUAAAGCGCGCGCUGUUUCUCCAAUUGUAGGGAGAGCGACAGGUAAAGAUGAAGAUGGAGGAUCAUCAUCUUCAUCAUCACGCUGGAUACUGAUUGUUAUCGUUUUUUUGUUGCUUGUUGCGACAAUAAUAGCUACUGCGGCGAUAAUUAUUUAUAGAAGUCGUGGGAAAAAUCAUAGAUGUGAUCCGAAUUGCAAAGGCUAUGAACGUUUGCCGAAAAACAUCGAGGAUGGGUGGACGUCAAAUAUGUCAGAUUGCUCGCACAGCAAGUGGUCGAAAACAGGGACAGUCCCUGGUCUAUCCUUGACAACUGAUACUUCUGAACCGGAGAAAAAGAAACCGGAAAAAAAGAAACCGCGUCCUAGAAAAUCCAGCGAUAAAAUCCUUGGCAAGUCUCUUGAUAUUAAACAGUUUGAAAAAAUUGUUGAAAAAGAAAAAAAAGUAAAGAAAGAGAAACGUAAAAGUUUACCGGACACCUAUGAAUUGACAGACUUUGAAGAAUGUCACUUUGAAGAUACUCAAGGUAUAAUUGAUGUUAUGAACAAACCUAAAAUCGGUGCGUGUAGUUGCUGUAAAUGUGACCCUAAACCAGAUGAAUCACCAGGUGCGCAAAGUCCUUGUAAAGAUACUUCUUGUCCGUCACGUAAAACUCAUGACAUAGUUGAAAUUAUAAGAACUGGAUUUAGACAAAAGAUAAAAGGUAGAAAAUCGAGUUUAUCUAAGAAUAAAGUUGGAAAAAAUAAUAAAAAACAAAAUAAAGAUAAAGAAAGAUCAUCAUUACUGAGCUCGCCGGAUACUACUGCGAGAGAUGAAUCAAUGACUGAAAGUCCACCUACAACCAAACGAAAUUCUAAGUCAAAGAGUCCUUCACCCCCACCACCACCUCCACCCCCGCCACUGCCCAAGGAAAAAAAGCGAGAGUCUAAAAUAAAAGAAAAGUCACCGAAAAAAGAAAAAUCACCGAAAAAGGAAAAAACUCCGAGAAAAAAUUCAUCGCCUAAGAGUACUCCUAAAAGUCCGCCCCAAAGUCCGAGAAAAUUAUCAACUGAACCCUGCAAUAACGAUACUUGUUCGCAAAAUUCAUCACCGCGAGAAUCUGCAGGCGUUCUUGCGAUAACGCCGGACACUACUCCUGCGACUACAAGCCGUGGGAGAUUUUCAAAAAAAAAAAAAUAAAUAAAUAAUUGAUGAUGACAUUUGUUAACAAAAUAAUUAUAUUAUCUGUUGUAUACAUCAAAUGUAAUUGCUAUUAUACAUAUAUAUCUAUAUAAGGUAAAAAGUUAUGCAACAAAGUGACAAUAAUAAUAAAUAACAAUAAAGUAAUUGGAAUUGAUGGGUAUAAAUGAUCGCGAAAGACUUUGCCAGACUUCAGUACUCGUCGAAAUGAAGCACACGUUACUACUUUUAUUUCUUGUCGGAAUGUCUUUUGCCGAUGAUGAUCAAGGUAAUUUUGAAAUAAUAAAUAAUUUUAUUAGCGGUGUAAGAGAAUUUUCGGCUCCGGAUAAAUUGGCCAGAGGCGUUUACACCAAUGAUUUAAUUGAUAAUACCACAUAUUUUAUUAGUGAAAUUAUUAAAAAUUUUUUAGCCGAGUAUUAUUAUCAGGCAUCAAGAGCAAAAGGCGCAAUGAUCAGAGACAUGGAGAAUGCAGUUGAACGAUUAACUGACGAAUCGUCAAUGAUUUCCCCUGAAGAUGAUGUUAAAAAAAUAAACAUUUUAUUAGAAAAAUUAAUCAACUGUUUACCGGGUAAUGUUAAAAUAAAACGUAAAGAAUUACCUCCAUUGCCUUCAUACAACAAAAAAGUCGAAACUCAUAACGGAAAUGAAGAAUUUUCAAGUCUUUUUAUAAAUCUCGCAUCGCAUAUUGACAGAGACUUUGCCAGCAUUCACGAUCUCAUUAACGGAAUUUUGUUAUCCGGGUGGCAGAAAGCUAGAUUGUCAUUCAAUAAAAUUCAAGAUCAGUUGAGAGAAGAUGAACUGAAUCAACUCGUUCGUUCAUUUGCCGCGGAAAUUAGCAAAAUAAAUAACAAACAAGAGAUUAUUCAGGCACAAGUGACAACUAACACUUGGCAGACAUAUAAUCAACUCAAUCAACGAGUUCAAUUAGCUCUACAAUCACUUUAAACAUUUAUAUUAUAUUAAUAUAGAUUUAUUUAUUAUUUCAUUA